GUGGAUGGUUUUUGACCCCCUCACUCGACUCUACCCCUCACUGCCUGAGAGCUGGCUUGUGUACGACGGCCGGAUCCAGCCAGCGUCUCAGCUCGCUGGGCCCCUGAACCCCCCCAUCCAGCGCCGUGGGAAGAGGACCGCCCAAACGCGGAGCCUUCGCCUCAAACCAGGCAGGAUCGGGGACCCCUUCUCAUCGUGCAGUUAGGGUCCCUCAAAGGCUGAAGAGAGUAAAGGCCUCUGAGACCGGAGACCUGGGGGCCUGCCUGGCACCUGCCCAUGAAAGUUCCCUGUGUCUGUGCCAGUUUUUUCCGCCUGUGUUCGCUGUAGUUUCCACUUCUGUAAAUUGAGUUUAAUAACAUUUAGCAUUUUUUGCCAUGAGGGUUAGUUGUGGGAGUGAUUAAUAACUGCUACCAUUUAUUUAUUACAAUGUGCCAGGCAUUGUGCUAAGUAUUUUUGUUUCCAUGAUUUUCCGUCAUCUUCAAAACAACCUUAUGAGCGUGGAUCCAGUCAGCAGCCAGGCCAUGGAGCUCUCUGAUGUCACCCUCAUUGAGGGUGUGGGUAAUGAGGUGACUGUGGUGGCAGGUGUGGUGGUGCUGAUUCUGGCCUUGGUCCUAGCGUGGCUUUCUACCUACGUAGCAGACAGCGGUGGCAACCAGCUCCUGGGCACUAUUGUGUCAGCAGGCGACACAUCCGUCCUCCACCUGGGGCACGUGGACCAUCUGGUGGCGGGCCAAGGCACCCCAGAGCCAACCGAACACCCCCAUCCAUCAGAGGGUAAUGAUGAGAAGGCUGAAGAGGCUGGCGAAGGUGGGGGAGACUCCACAGGGGAGCCUGGAGCUGGGGGUGGUAUGGAACCCAGCCUUGAGCAUCUGCUUGACAUCCAAGGCCUGACCAAAAGACAAGCAGGCCCAGACAGCAGCAGUCCAGAGGCCCCCCUGAGAGCUGAGGAUAGUGCCUGCCUCCCUGCCAGCCCGGGCCUCAUCAAUGUGCGGCUCAAAUUCCUCAAUGACACCGAGGAGCUGGCUGUGGCCAGGCCAGAGGAUACUGUGGGUGCCCUGAAGAGUAAAUACUUCCCUGGACAAGAGAGCCAGAUGAAACUCAUCUACCAGGGCCGCCUGUUGCAAGACCCAGCCCGCACCCUGCGUUCUCUGAACAUUACCAACAACUGUGUGAUUCACUGCCACCGCUCACCCCCAGGCUCAGCUGUUCCAGGCCCCUCAGCCUCCCUGGCCCCCUCCUCAGCCACUGAGCCACCCAGCCUUGGCGUCAGUGUGGGCAGCCUCAUGGUGCCUGUGUUUGUGGUGCUCUUGGGUGUGGUCUGGUACUUCCGUAUCAAUUACCGUCAGUUCUUCACAGCACCUGCCACUGUCUCCCUGGUGGGGGUCACUGUCUUCUUCAGUUUCCUAGUAUUUGGGAUGUAUGGACGAUAAGAACAUAGGGAGAAAAUGAAAGGCAUGGUCUUCCUCCUCUGUGGCCUCCCCCCUUUCCCGGCCAGAGCUGGGCCUAAGGGCCUCGGAGGGGAGGGUGGAACGGAUGUAGGGGUCUUCCUCUGCAGGACACAGGAGGCAGGUAUGGGCCUCCCUUUCAUGUCCACAAGGGUACAGACACCUGUGCAAGCACAACUCAGGUAGAAAUGAGGGUGUCACCUUCUUUCACUUUUACGGUCCAGAAGUUCAGAAAUGAGCUGAUGGCCUGGCUCAGUGGGGAACCUGGGGUCUAAGGGUUCCCUCCCAGCUGUGGCCCUAGCUCUUCCCAUUGCCCGCAUGUCUGCGCCUCAGCACCCAGGGCCCCCUGCCAGGGCAGCUCAGCAUGGCCCCGGCAUCCUUCCGUAGGGAGCCCAGAGUACCCAUCUUUUGAAACUAAAGUCAGACAGGAAUGAAGAUUGUGUUGGCUUUCCCUGCAGGCACCUAGCUGCCUCUAUCUUCUCCCGCCACCCCUGUAGCAGGAAUAGGGUGUUCUCCAUGUUCUGGACAGUUUCCAGUGUUCUUUUUUUCAAAGCACUUUGCUUGUAUUUUCUUUUUUUAAUAGUCCUUUCUAGAACUCAGUCAGGAAGGGGAUUGGGGGCACAAAGCCAAGCCCCCAGCAUUGGAAGAGGCCGGGCCACAGCUGCUGCUACCCCAGGGCUAAGGCUGUAAGCAAGAGACAGCUCUGGCCCUCAGCCAGCGUCCUACCCUUCCCAGCUCCAAGGACGAGUUCUGGGUAUAUAGGCCGGGUCCCAGGCCCUGUCUCGGGGGCUCUCCGAUGGAGGGCCAGUGUCUGUAACUGAAUAAAGUUCCAUUUUGUGGC